AUGAGUUUAAAUGAUCUGUUAGUAGAUUAUAGUGGGAGUGGUCACUCCUAAUUCGGUAAGUCAUUUGCAUAUUCUCUUAGAGGAUCAAACUAAGAAGUAGUUCACGGGACCUGCCAAAUUUGCUACAAAAAUAGAUCCGCUAUAAGAUGGCGAUUAUACUAUAAAACCACCAUCAAUGUCUAGUUUACACAAAGUAACCGAUCACAUUCCUCCUUCAUAAUCGCCAAAUUCAGGAAUGAUAUAGUUUUCUCCAAAAACUUCUAUUCUUGAGGAGAAAAUCUUGAUGAAUCCGCAAAACAAGGAACAAAUCAAGGAAAUUGGAUAAACAACUGCAAUUGCAUAGAAGGAAGGCAUCAACAAUUUCAUUAAACUUGUCUUGGCUAAAAGCUACUUCAACCGUUUUGUUGAGAAUAUGCUCCAAAAAUCCUAUGUAAAGAAAUUGUCUCAUUUCAACAUUUAUUAAAAUACCAUGUUGGACGAUCUAAGAUAUAUCGAUUCAAAGCACAAAGUCCACAAGAAUCUGAUUGGCAAGAUCUGCAAGAAGCUUAGGUUUGUGCCGAUCUUUGAUUAAAGCAGCUAUUUGGUCAUUGGAUGGCAAUUGCUUCACAUCUUGACAAUCAUCAUUAUAUUUUUUUGGACUCCCUUCAACAUCUCCUUUGGAAUCACCUUCGAAUAAGUCGUAUUCGGGACAUUGACAGUGAGAGAGGUAGAAUACUAUUUCUUAUUUUCCAUUCUCGUUGAUGCCUUCAUUGUCAUCAACACAUCCUAUAUUGAAAAAGGGAUCAUCAUCAAACAGAGAGGCAAAAUCUUUAUUAAUUAUGUCAACACAUAAGGAAUAUACGAUUUAGUAAAAUGAUAUGUUAUAAUCAAGUGUUCAUUCGCAUCAAUGUUGGUUGCCCAAUAAUUUAAUGUGGACAGUUCAAAUGAGAAAAUCGGAUGGCAAUUGAUACCCUACACAAUAUACUACUGCAGUAGACAAUUUAAAUUGCAAGCCAGAGUACAUAAACUUGAGGAGUAUUAAUUCAAAUAAUCAUCUAGAUUUUUCAACUUCUCAGGAUGGGUGCAAGAUCUAAUUGAAUUGGUUAAACUCCUAUUUAUGGUAGUGUACGUUGGUCAUCUCUUCGCAUGUUUAUGGCAUGGAGUAGCUUUCUAUUAAAUAGGGUUCAGAAAGACUUGGCUUGAAGCCUAUGAUGUUGCCACUUAAGACAUUUUUACUAAAUACAAUUACGCAUUCUAUUGGUCUGUCUAAACUAUGAUCACAGUUGGAUAUGGAGAUCUAACACCUCAGAAUAAUUAUGAGAGAUUGUGCGCCAAUCUGAGCAUGUUCUUAGCAUGUGGUGUGUUUGCCUUUUCAUUUAAUAGUAUUGGUCUUAUGCUCAGCAAUCUAAAUUCCAGAUAGGUGCUUUAUAAACGCAGUACCAACCUUUUGAAUUCCUAUUUGACUAAAAAUUAAAUUAAGAUCGAAUUACAAUCCAGAAUAAGAAAUUAUUAUGAUUACAUCUUUCAAGAAGAACAGGAAAUCAAUGACGAGGAAGUCUCUCAAAUCACAACCAAGUUGUCCAGUUCACUUUAAGAAGAAUUGAAUUUUGAAAUUCGAUUAAAUGUUAUGAAGACAAACAAAGUGUUAACCAAGUUCUCUUAAAAAACACUAAGAUAACUGUCAUUGGUAAUUGAAGAAGUAAGAUAUUCCCCUGAAGAUCAAAUUUUACUCCAAGGUACUCAAGAUGAUUGCUCUCUAUAUAUCAUCACCAAAGGAACUGUGUCUGUGUUAUUUCAGGAUGAACCUCAAGGCAGGAACACUAGAGUCCUUUCCUAUUUAGAAAAGGGGGAAUCUUUUGGUGAAUACUCCUUUUUUACAGGACUCAACAGAUGUGCCUCAGCCAAAAGUAUAGGCUUUUCAAGAGCGUACAAAAUCCCCAGACAAUCUUUAUUAAUUGUUUUAUCAACUAAUUAAAUUGACUUGGUAUAUGAUUAUUUUAGUAAUUUAGGAACGCUUUUGUGAAGUAAGAGAUUCCAUGUUGUUAGGUGAAAACUUCCAGCCAGCCAAAUUAAGUUGCUAUUCCUGCAAAAAGUUCAAUCAUCUAAUUAAAGAUUGUCCAGUUCUCCAUUAUGUACCUGACAAAGAAAGAGUCAUCAAGAAGGAGUACUUUCCGUUCCAAUAAGAAAGAACUAUCACUUACAAGAGGAAAAGGACUGAUCGCAAUUAUUAUGCUACUUUGUUAGAGAUGAAAAAGACUAUUGCUUAUAUAAGAGAUUUUCAGACCAGAGAAACUCAAGCUGACAAUAUCACUGUCAUUGAAGAUGAUUUGGAUGUUUCCUAUGAAGAAAAUGAUGGAUCACCUAAUGAACAAGAUUAUUGUAAGUCUUUGAUCCUUCUAUCCUUUUAGCCUCCUUCUCCAAGAGCUUCUCCAAAAUAUCGAGACAACAGUCGUAAAAUAGGUCUUAUUCCUAAUACGACAAUAAUAACAACACAAAAAAUCUAUAACCUAUAUAGGAAAGUGAAGACUCAGCAGAUAGUCCAAGUCCGAAUAAGAAACGAAACAUGCAAGUCAAAUAAACACUCUAAACUGCUGGAUUCGGAGGCUAAGAUUCCUUCUAAAACAGAAUACGGACUGACGAUUAGGAUCUAAAUGCUACAAGUUUUGGGAAUGUCUCUCCUUCCAUGAAAGAUGAAAAUAGAUACAACAUCAAAAAUGAUUCGCUCAUUCUACCAAAUCAAGUUGAUACUCAAGCAAGACUGAAUAAAAAGAGAAUUACUUUAGUUAGAAAACAGAAACGAGAGGAAUCCUACAAACCCUUUUCGUCCUAAACCAAAGUGGAUAUCAACCAAGAGAGGGAAAAAUCAUAGACAAAAAAGUAAAAAAUGAAAGACCCUCUCAGUGAUAUCCCAGUCACUCCUUCCAUCCAAUCGGUUGAUCAUAAGAGAGAUUCCAUAGAUAGGAAGGAUGAUAGAAGGGAUUAAAAAAGGAGAACCACCAAAACCAAAACCAACAGAAGUAGAACUGCCAAAACUCAUAAGACCACCAAAUUAGUUCAAGAGACUCCGACUUAGGAGAUUUCAAUUCCAGUUUUCGAGAGAUAGGCUGUAUCUAUGGAAUUGGAGGAUUUUGAAGUAUUAAAGAACUUUUCUCACUAUUUCAGUUGGAAUAAUGCCAAAGUGGUUGUUGCAAGAACCAUGAAGGUUAUAUUGAAGAAUCUUGAAAAAAGAAGAUAUUAUUUUCAUUAAUUUUCAUUUUAUACAUUCAACUCACUAGCCAUUGCAAAGAUAUCGAGGAUAAAAAGAAAACUCAAAUUAAUGUAAUCCUUAUAUAUAAUGCCAUUAUUUUAGAGAUGAUCCACCCAUGGAUAAAAAAUCUGUUCAUCCACUAAACAAGGCCAUUAAGCUAAGGAGGGGCAGUAAGAGAAGCACCUAGGCUGAUGAUAUUAUUGGAUUGUUCUAGAAGAAACCUCAAUUUGGAACUCAAAUUUAAGUUCUCCAAGGCAUUUCUCUUUCCAGGUUUAGUCGAAAUGAUUUGGACUUCAGAUGA